AUGGCUGACCCGCACACCGCCCUGCCGUCUACCCGCACACCGCCCUCACUGGUUCACCCGCAUACCGCCCCACUGUCUACCCGUAUACCGCCCUACCGUUCACCCGCACACCGCCCCUACCGUCUACUCCGCACACCGCCCCGGUACCGGGUUCACCUGCACACCGCCCACCAGUUCACCCGCACACCGCCCCACCGGUUCACUCCAGCACACCGCCCCACUGUCUACCCGCACACCGCCCCACCGUCUACCCGCACACCGUCUCUACCGUCACCCGCACACCGCCCUACCGUUCACUCCGCACACCGCCCUACCGCUCCACCCGCACACCGCCCUACUGCUCCACUCCGCACACCGCCCUACUGUUCACCCGCACACCGCUCCUACCGUCUACCCGCACACCGCCCUACUGGUCUACCCGCACACCGCCCUACCGUUCACCCGCACACCGCUCUACCGCUCCACACCGUCUCUGCAAUUUCCGGGUUCAACGGCACAAUCGCCCCACUGUUCACCCGCACACCGCCCCUACCGUACACCGCCUCACCGUUCACCCUGCACACUGCCCUACCGUCUACCUGCCGUGCACGCCGCCCUCACUGUCUACCUGCUCACCGUCUACCCGCACGCCGCCUCACCGUCUACCCGCACGCCGCCUCACCGUCUACCCGCACACCGCCUACCCGUCCAAUCUCUAAUGACAGAGAAAAUGAUUCCAGAAACUUCUGCUGA